AUGAGCCAGACGGACCAGGACCGCCAGGUAUUUUCGAAACUUCCAGUGUGGAGGAAACGGACGCUGUUUGUCUGCUCGUGCGCGCUGUCCUUCCUCCUCCAAUUCGAUAUGGCCGCCGUGGCUGUGACUUGGACUAAAAUCGCCGAAGACAAAAAAGCGCCCUCAGUCAAGAUCUUCGCCCUGUCGACAGGCUACCUGCUGGCGCAGACGGUCUUCCAGCUCGUCUUCUCGCACAUCUCACACGCCGUGGGGAGGAAGUUCAUGUACAUCACCGGGCUGCUGUUGUUCCUGGCGGGCGCGAUCGCCGCGGCAACGCGACCGCCCAUGGACGCACUGAUUGGCGCGCGGGUGGUGCAGGGUAUUGGGGCGGCGGGCAUGUUCACCAUGUCGGCCAUCGUCAUCGUCGAGAUGACGCAGCCGAGGCAGCGAGCAGGCUGGACGUCCCUAUCGCAGGCGUUCGGGGCGUUGGGGAACAUUUGCGGGCCGCUGGUCGCGGGGUCGCUGUGCAAUCACUUCGGGUUUCCUUGGUCCUACAUCUUCUUUUUCGAGGUCGGCAUCGCCGUUUUCCUCCUCUCCGCCCUCGUGCUACUGCUGCCAGGCGAGAACCGCAGCCGCAAGGACAGACUGCGCGAGCUCAAGGGCUGCGACUGGUACGGCAUCUUGCUUUUCUUCGUCUGCUCCGUCACGCUCCUCGUGCCCAUCAACAUCGGCGGAACGACCGAGGGGCUGGGGUGGGAAUCUGCGCCCGUCAUCACCUGCUUCGUUGUGGGUCUCUACAGCCUCGCCGUCCUCGUCUACCACCAGCGAUGCCUGGCAAGCCGGCCCGCCUUCCCCCGCGAGAUCUUCGCGCGGCCCGCCACCAACGUUGCCUUCCUCGGUAACGCAGUCUGCGGUGUCCUGAUAUCAAUGGUCUUCUACCACCUUGUCCUCUUCUGGGACGGCGUCCGGCGCAAGUCCAUGGUUGAGGUGGGCAAGAUGCUGCUGUCCGUGACGCUGACAUACCCGGUGGCCUUCGCCAUUACGGGAAUCGCCAUCAGACGUUGGGGGCGGCUCAAGUAUGCGACGGCGGCGGGCGCCAUGCUGGUGACCCUCGGCUUGGGACUGAUGCAAAUCAUGACGGAGCGUGCCUCCCAGGCGGGGCUGCUCGUCAUCUGCGUGUGCGCCGGCGCUGGGUGUGGCAUAUUUAUGCCCGCCAUGGUCAACGCCGUCAUCGCCACGACGGACUCGCGCUGGCAUCCGCAUGCGAUUGCCAUCCGUACCCUGCUCUACACGGGCGGCCAGUGCGUAGGCGUGUCCCUCGGGCUGGCCAUCUUCACGACCGCAUUCCGUAACCGCUUCGACGCCCAGGAAGGCGACGCCGCCACCAGGGCAGCCGUCGCCAAGGCGGUCCUCAUCAACCCGCAGGAGCUCAUCAGCAAGCUUGAGAUACUGUGGAGCCUAGCUCCCGGCGGCGAGCUGGUCAGAAUGGUCGUCGGCGCGCUCAGGGCGGUCUGGGUGGUAGCCUGCGUGUUGGCCGGUGUGACCGGCGCCUUGGCCAUCUUGAUGAGGCUCCCUGACCUGGCUAAGGAUAGCACGACGGAAAGAGUCCUCCCUGACGAGGAGCGACAGGAGAAAAACACCGAGAUGACAUCACGACGAUAG